AUGCCACCGAUACCAUCCGCCUCGGCGCUACACGCCCUCCGCGCACUCUCACGCCUCACCAUCUCGACAUCGAAAUCACAACCCGCGAUCCUCUCAAAGCACCACCUUCCCUCACCGGCGACUCGCUCAUUCUCCUCCACCUCCCCCCUCUCGGUAACCCUCAACCAACUCCGCACGCGCACGAAUGGCCGCCACGCGAAGAAAGCUCGACACGCCGUGUCUCCCGCUCUCAGCGCUGCAAACCGACCGGCCAUGAAAGGCGUGUGCCUCAAAGUGGGCAUCACGAAGCCCAAGAAACCCAACUCCGGACAGAGGAAAACAGCAAAGGUCCGAUUGAGUUCAGGAAGGGUGGUCAGCGCGUAUAUCCCCGGGGAGGGGCAUAAUGUACAGCAGCAUAGUGUCGUGCUUGUCAGGGGCGGGAGAAGUCAAGAUUGUCCCGGUGUGAGGUAUCAUUUGGUCAGGGGGGCUUUUGACCUG